AUGCGGGUUGUACAUCGGUUUUUGGCGUUUUUCACUUUCGCGUUAGCAUCGGCAACGAUCCUUGAGAACGGCCAAGUUAGAGAGAAUGCUUAUCCCGGGCAAGUAUCAACAAUAGCCUUGGAUGAUUCUUGGAGAACCUAUCCGCCGAAUGCUCCGGAGAUUUCCUACAAAGGUCGAUGGGAUAGCAAGCACGUUUCCUGGUGGUCCGCACCGGGACUCAAAGUUGAAUUCUCUGGGGAUAAGCUUGCUCUCAGCUUUGGCCAAAGCACCACUCCGGGUGUUCUGGUAGCUUACCGUAUUGGCUCUCUCGAUUGGCAAUUUUCUAAUGUUACUGCCGACUCAACGUAUCAAUUUGUUGGCCCGUGGUCAGAGCUUAAGGAUGACGAGGAGAUUCCUGAAAAGAAUGUGUUUGAGAUGCGAGUUCAAAUUGCCGGCGUCGCUGUUGCUAAUAAUGCUGCUAUCUACAAACCUCCCACUUUCGGGAAGAGAAUUGAAAUCAUCGGUGGCUCGCUUGCAUCUGGUCAAUUUGCAACCUAUGAGACACUUUCUUCCUGGUCAUUCCUCUUUGCGAAUGGUUUGGGUAAUGUCGAGUACGGAAUUACAGCUUAUCCCGGGGUUUGCCUUGCAGACCUCCAAUGCUACGGUGGCGGUACUCAUGGCGUGCAAUGGUUCUGGCACCACGCCUCAGACCCCGGCUCUCGUGCCUCUGCAACUUAUGGCCACGAGCCUGAGAAUUGGGACCUUGGCGCAGAGCAGCCCGCCGACUUGGUGAUCAUCCAAAUGGGUGGUAACGAUCACCGUCAUCCAAACGAAAUUCCAGGGACAAACUACUACCACGCUUACGUCGACUUGAUAGAUGACAUUCACUCUAUCUGGCCCAAUGCUGUGGUGAUUCUCAUGUCUCAAUGGGGAGGUUUUACCAAACAAGGGAAGAACUACGUCGGUAGUACAUACUACCUAGAAGAGACUAAGCAAGUCCACGAACACUUCAAGGACCGUGGCUUUGUCUACUAUUUCCCCACCGAGGGUCUCCUGGCACACAACGACAUCAACCCCAAGAACCAUCUUACUGAUGUGGGUCAUGUGAAGAUUGCCAGUCACCUGCUACAGUGGGUGAAAUUGGUGCUUAGGUGGAAGCUUGAGCCCACGGGCGAAGUCCAGUCUGGGACUACCUACUGGAAUGAUCAACAGGAGUAUUGA